GAACGAGGCAGAUUCCCACACGACGUCGUUCCAGUCAACAAUAAUUGCCUUGAACCUUCGCCUUUUAAAUUCAGCCACCAGGCCACUCAAAUUCAAUGCACAUUUCAUUCCUCCCACACUAGCGGAACUGAAAAGAAGAAGAAGAAGAAAAAACUCAUCCACCCAUUGGCAUAUUCUUCUUCUUAUUAUUAUUACAGAAAAACCCCAGAAAAACUAAGAAAUUACAUGGGUAGCCAGGGAAGCGAAGAAGGAGGGUCGUUGUUGAAGAAACCCAGAUUUCUCUGCCUCCAUGGAUUCAGAACCAGUGGAGAAAUCAUGAAGAAACAAGUGGGUAAGUGGCCUGAAUCUGUGCUGCAGAAGCUCGACCUUGUUUAUCUUGAUGGGCCUUUUCCGGCCCUAGGUAAAUCUGACGUUGAGGGCAUUUUUGAUCCUCCUUAUUAUGAGUGGUUCCAAUUCAACAAGGAAUUUUCUGAGUACACAAACUUUGACAAGUGUUUGGAAUACAUAGAAGAUUACAUUAUAAAGCAGGGACCAUUUGAUGGGCUAGUUGGUUUUUCCCAGGGUGCAAUAUUGUCAGCUGCGCUGCCGGGGCUACAAACGAAGGGGGUGGCAUUGACUAAAGUACCUAAAAUUAAAUUCCUCAUCAUAAUUGGAGGGGCCAAAUUCAAGUCCCCAGCAGUAGCUGUCGAUGCUUAUGCUUCUCCCAUUGAAUGCCCGUCCCUACACUUUUUAGGAGAGACGGACUUCUUGAAGCCAUAUGGACUUGAGCUGUUGGAACACUGUGUAGAACCUACAAUCAUUCAUCAUCCCAAGGGUCAUACAGUCCCUAGGCUUGAUGAAAAGGGUUUAGAGACCAUGAUGAGCUUCAUUGACAAGAUUCAAAAGGCAUUGACUGAGAAAGACCAACAGUAACAAUAAUGCAGCAUUUGAAGAUUCAUUCUGGCCAUGACCCUUAAAUCUUUUUUUUUUUUCUUCAAUAUGUUGGUGCCAUUUAAAACCACAUUUACUUCCCAUGUUGUGUCAAAUUUAAUUUCAUAAGAACAAUGCAUAGAGUUUUUCUGGAAUUAUAUUUGGAUACUCCUCAGUUAGGAUC